CGCCGGCGCUCCCUGGUCAGGCUGCCCUCCCCUUCGUCACCAGCGUCGCCGCUCCCUAGCAGGCCGCCCCUCCCCUUCGAAUCAGAUCACAGAAGUGGCCAAGGAGGUCCUCGAGCUCGGCAUGCUCGCGCCAGUGCUAGGCGCCGUUGGAUGCGGACGCGGAGGCUCGGGACUUGCACGCCCUACUCUACCCUGUUCCUUCCAAUCCGGCCCCGAAGUGCUCGAGGAGGCGCUCGAGGUCGGCAUGCUCACCGGCGACGCUGGGUCCCUCCAUCCUCCUGGUUCCCUCGCCAUCGCCAAGAUGAGCCUCUCCACCCUCUCCCGCGCGAUCGUCCAGGUCCAGGGGUGAGAAUUACUUAUCGAUGACUCGGGCAUCAACUCUUGAUUUUCGGCAGAAGACACAGGGUCAGAACAACUGGUCUGGGCCGUUGCGCCUAGUAAAUGUCAUCAGAAAUAAAUUCCCUACCUACAAGAAUGGUACGAAUGGGAUAGUCAUCAAAUUUGCUGAUGAGCCAGAAACACCAUGACUUAAGGAGUCUGUUGCCAAAGAGACAGCAGAUCUGCUUGAUCGGCGUCAGCGUCUUUCAGUCCGCGAGCUCGCAAUGAAAUUUGAGAAGGGCCUCAGUACUGCCACAUUAUUAUCUAAUGAGGUUAAAUGUAAACAAGUGGCUUUAUUGGAGCGAGACAUCCUUCUGAAGAAUCUAAAGAGUGUAUUGGAGUCACUGAGAGGACAAGUAGCUGGCAAAUAUAAGGAUGAAUUUGAGGAAUCAGUAUCUAUGGUGGAUAUUUUAGCAGUUCAGCUGUCCAAAAGAGAAAAUGAGUUGCUUCAGCAGAAAACCGAGGUCACGAGAAUAGUGACUUCACUGAAACUGGCUUCUGAAGAUGCUAGGAGAAUUGUUGACGAAGAACGAACUAAUGCACGCAUGGAGAUUGAAAAUGCUAGAGCUGCUGUACAAAGAGUUCAAAAAGUACUUCAAGAGAAAGAGAACAGUUCACAAAGAAUUGGAAAGCUGAUUCAUUCGGUUGGGAUAUAG